ACUCUUCAAUCAAAACUUAUAAAACCAAGAACAAGAACCCAUUGAAUCAUUUUCUCUACCCAUCAAACAAAUCUCGAUUUUUUGCCAAAUCUCUCCCCAGCCCACUUAAAUUCUCGCCAAAUCUUGAGACCCCUUCUCUCCAAUCACGAAAAUCUAUGGCAGAAAAAGAAGAAACCGAGCUGCCACAAACCAGACAAGAGCUAGCAAUGGAGGGUCAGAAACAACUAGAAGAAACCAUAGAAGCUGGGUUUCAAAUCCUGUCUGCUAUGAAUGAUGAGCUCUGUGAUCCCACUUUAUGGUCCACACCACCUACUUAUAAUUCCAAUUCCAACAGUAACACUACUUCAGCUGUUUUGAAUCAUCAGUCUUUGAGCAAUUCUUCGAAUGGGGAGGUUUCGUAUGAUUCGACAACAGGGUCAGUUGCUCAGCACUUUGAGAUGGGUGGUGGUGCUCUUGAUGAAGCUAGGCUGAGGUAUAAGUCAUCUGUUGCCGCGCUUCGGAAUCUUCUUGCUGCCAUUCCUAAUUCUCAGGCUAAAGCAUAUGAGAUGGAUUCAACAGACGGUUCUAUAUCACCUAUGGAUGAAGAUGAUACUGAGAAGUUGGAAGAACGUGCUGCUACUUUACGCAAGGAGCUCGCAAACAAGAACAAGUAUCUCAAGGUUCUGAUAGAUCAGCUUCGAGAACUUAUAAAUGAUGUAUCAACCUGGCAAAGUCCAUGUUCUGUAUGAAGUUGCGAGAGGCAUACUUGAAUACAUGUAGAAGUCUUGGGUUCAAGUAUUGUCUUUUAUUUAUCGCUGGUAGCCCUGUUAAACUAUACUUUUUUAUUUUAUUGAAGAAGUUUUCAAGUGAAACUUAAGAAUCUAAUAUAUUUCAGCAUGUUGUAGA